UUUUUUUUUAAACACCGAUACGACGUCGGAGUCUUUUCGAAUUACUGGCAAGAUGUUGCAGUUGGAAAGUAUCUCGUUUUGCAUUUAGUCGUUAAUGGUUACAUAUUAAUUUAUAAUAUACUUGAUCGUUUUCAAACUAACGUGUUUAUUCGCCGUAUACUUACGUAGACGUACGAAUCGGUCGCCGUGUAAAUACAUAUUUCGUUUACGUGCGAUGACGAUAGAAACGAUGCUAAAGAGAGUUGCAAAGUUGAGUUCGCGAAAUUUUUGCCAAUUCGGAUUCGAACGAUAGGUCUAAAAAACGGGGCCGAAUUCAUUCGACGAUAUUGUGACCGAAAAGAUGAUAUGAUACGGAUCCAUACAAAAUGGGAAAUACGUGUUCGACCAGACACAGGGAUAAAGAUAAUGCUUCGUUGCAUUCCGAAGAAUACCAAUUGAGUAAUAAACGAAAAAGCAGCUCGGAUUCAAAGACCGGAGAUAGACGUCCUUCGGUCAAAAGUAACCUACAAUCUGGUGUCAUUCUCAAAGUCUCGACCGCUUCGGCUCCCGGAUCCGAAGAUGAUCACAGGAGAGAUUCGGCCACCAUCAUUCAACAACAACAGCAACAGCAACAACAACGAAAAAAUGGAUCCAUUUGCGUAUCUUCUCACAAAGAUAUGGCAUGCGGUAAACCUUUGAAACCCGUUAUUUCUUCGCAAGCAACCACGCCGGAUAGAAAUUUAUAUUUGCCCGAGGAUAUCAACGAGUUGAGCGAUACGCAUAAACAACUUCUCUUAGGCGUUGUUCCUGUUUCUAAGCCUAUUUUAAAAGCGAAAAAAAUUGUUAUUUAUGUAUGCGCCGCUGAUCCGGAGGAAUGCCACGUAGAGAAAACCGUACUUCACGGAAGUGUGUACCCAGAACUGAGGAAAAUAUGCCGUCAAGAAGGUUACGAGCUGCAUAUGGCGGAUUUACAUUGGAAAACCUUGUUAGAAAAACGGCGCGAUCAUAAAUUCCCGGAACUUUGUAUAUUCGAAUUAAACCGUCAAUCGGAAACCAGUUACAUUGUACCGGUGAUAUUUCUAAGCAAUUCUUGGGGCACGUCUUUACUUCCUAAAACCAUCGAAUGCGAAGAUUUCGAGAACACUUUACAACGAACGAACAAUAAAGAGCUUUUGAAAAAAUGGUAUAAAUUAGAUAAAGAAUGCCAACCAACAUGUUAUCGACUGCAAAGCAUAGAACAGCAUAUACCUGGUUUCAAAGAAGAUAACAGCGCCGAAGUUGAAAAAGCACUUAAAGAAUGGAACAAUGAAGUAGAAAACAUGCUAUUAACUUUAGUCUCAUCUUUUAACCAAGAACUGCGAGAUACCUACUUUUCGACUACUGUUGAACAAGAAAUACACAAUACGAUGAGAAUGAGCCAAGAGCUAACCAAACAUAGCAUCUGGUUGCACAGAAUCAAUAAUAAGCAAGAUUCCGACGAUAAUGAAAGCUGCCCGAUACGUCAAGAGAACAAAAGGCGUUUAAAUUUAUUGCUCAAUGAGUUGAAAAAUGAGCUGUCUGAAAAGAAUAUCAUCAAGUUGACCGAUGCUACCAACGAAGAUCAAAUCAAAACACUAAUUUUACCUCAGUUCACAUCGAUUAUGAGAUCGAUCAUCGACGACGAUAGAUUAAAAGCUGGAUCAAAAGCUUCCUACUUUGGAGUUGAUCGAUCACUUCUGCGGGAACUUAUGAUUCAAACGAUCUUCUGUCAAAAGGCUGCCGCUGCUCAUUCCAUCAGCAAUUAUCACAAUAUAGUUAAUAUUUUGAAAAAUUACGUGUUGGCUGAAGAUGAACGCGGAUUAAUGGUUAUUCAUGGAUUAUCCGGAUGUGGCAAAACGACCGUAUUAGCCAGAUUGCUGUUGAAUUGUCAGACACUGUUGCCAAAUCUCGCUGUUAUAUUCCGUUUUGUUAAUAUAUCGACGGAAAGUUCUUCAUUGGAGCUUUUGUUGCAUAGUAUUCUUUCGCAGAUACAUUACGUUAUUACUGGGAGGCAGUUUUGGGAACCACAUAGCAUUUCAAAAUACGUCGAACUAUUUCCUAAGUUGUUAUCAUUAGCGUCAGAGAAUCGACCAGUACUGAUAGUCAUCGAUGGAUUGGACCAAUUACGAGGACCAGCUGAUAAUAUUGACUGGAUACCGGUGUUAUUACCAAGAAACAUUAAGUUUAUCAUUUCUGUGACAGAAAACACCACUGCCAUUACAAACGUUCAAAAUAAACUUCAAGAUACCGCUGUUUUUGUUCAAAUACCUGAAUUACGAGAUAACGAAUCGGAAACGAUACUUUACACUUUGAUCGCCGAAUCCGAUGAUUUAUCUUGUGCUCAGUUACCGGAAAAAAUUCGUUCCGCUGUUAAAGAAAGUUCGCUGCCAUUUUACAUCAAAAUAAUCGCCAAUCAGUAUUCUUGGUUAAAAAGUGAUUCAUUGAAAAUUUAUUCGAAAACUGAAAUGGAUGUUCAGGUCAAUCAAAUGUUAGACGCUUUAGAAAAAAUAUUAGGCAAAGCUAGGGUGGAAUUAGCUUUGGCUCUUCUGGUAGCAGCACGAUUCGGUUUAACGGAUUCUGAAAUGUUGGAUAUACUAUGUUUCGAAGACUUAUUCCAUAACGAUUCGUACCAAGUCGUUUGGGCUCCAGCUUGUAUAUUUUGGUCGGAAUUCAACAAAUACAUGCGUUCGUUUCUACGCUGGUUCCACACCACGGAUAACAUCACUUUAGCUUUACAACACGAACUAAUGCGCGAAACCGUAGAAAAACGUUACAAAUAUAAAAUUAAUCAAGCGAGACAACUUUUACAUACUUAUUUUACGGGUUCGCUAUGGGAUAGUUCUGAAAAAUUGAAAAUCGGCGCCAGAGUUUUAAGUCAGCCAAUGAAGUAUAAAAAUUUUUAUAACACUCGUAAAUUCGAAGAGUUGCCGUUCCACGAGUAUAAACUUUUCAACACGUUACAAAAGCAUUUCUUAGAAGAUCAUACGUGGCUGUAUAGCAAAGUGUGCGCUUGUUCUGUGUACCAGGCACUGGAAGACGUAAAACUAGAAAAAUUGAGCAGAAAAGAAGCCGAUGUUAACCUAAUCCUAAUACAGAUGUUCUUAGAAGAAUACGCUCCCGCUUUGCAUUACGACGGACGUCAAUUUUAUUCUCAAUUAUUGAAAUUUCUCAACGACUACAAAAGGAAAUUUCUCUCGAAUACUAGUCCUUUUUAUAAUACAAUCAAAACCGUUAUUAAAAAACCUCCGAUAUAUUCUCUGCUAUCAUAUUCAGACUGUUUAGAAGAUCCUAAUCCUGCUGAUAAUUCAGAACCGUUGGAAAGUAUCGAAAAACCAAAGAAUAUUAAAGGUUAUCAAUUCGAUGUAAUUAAAAGGAUCGAAUUUCUGCCUGAUUUCAUAGUUACCGUUUCAACUGACAUGCAAGAGAUAUCAGUUUGGGAUGUGACCAAUUGUCAAUUAGUGAGGAAAUUGAAAAAUGUACCCCAGCCUAUGGCUUUGGAGAUGAUUGAUCAAUUUCGUUGCGUUGUUUUGUGUAACAGAGAAUUAAGGAUUUACGACUUGAAUACCGGAGAACUAGUCAGUAAAUUAAAAGGUGUAAUGAAUCAAAAAAUGCCUUAUUUCGGUCUACACGAUUCUAGUCAUUUAGUUGCAUUAUCCAGGAAUCGAAUGUACGUUAAUUUAAUGAAUCUGGAAAGCGGAGAUUUAGUCACUUCGUUUAAAGCCGGAGAAGAUCGUUUUCUCAAUUCGUUGUUGGUUUCUGGAAAUGGAAAGAUUUUAGUUUGCGGUGACGAAACCCAAAAACCGUUCCCUUUGUUGGUAUGGAAUCUGGCGUCUCGUAAAUUGCUGUACGAUUUGAGAAUAGCUCAUCACGACUUCCUUACUAAAUUAGCUGCCAUUACCUACGAGGGGAAUUUCGUCUGUUGUGUGGCCAAGGAGGUGGAUGAACCUAGCCCGAAUUUCAUCGUAGUUUACGAUUUACAAUCAGGAACGUUGUUCAAGAAAUGGAAACCAGGAGUUAAUUGCGUAUCUUUAGACAUAUCGUCAAAAGACAGCUGCGUUUUGAGUGGUCAUCAAAAUGGAGCUAUUUCUAUCUGGGAUCUGAUCACAGGUGCUUGCAAAUGGAUGCUGGAAGGUCACACAGCACCGGUAACCCAUUUACGUUUGGAUGCAGUAGGAGGAGCAUUUUUAUCGACCGAUUCCAGCGGUCGAGAUAAAUCCAUUCGACUCUGGAACCUUACGAACGGCGAACUGACAGCGAUCUUCACUCCUAGCAAGACGAUCACAGCAUCCGAGAUCCUGUCAGGAGGCAAAUACGUAGUGAUCGCAAUGGAAGGUUCCUCGAAACUGAGCAUUUUGCAUUUAACCGGUCCAACGACUGAACAAUUUUUAUGCUUUGAUGAACCAACGUUAUCUGCACCUAGUCGCGAAUACGGUAUCGAACAAAAUUACGGAAAAGUAUUCGAUUUAAAUUAUCCGGCCGCUGAUCGGUGACAGGAAGAAAAUGUUUAACCUUCGAAAUGAUCUCUUUCUAUACAAAUAAAUCUAGAUUUGUUAGUUUUCGUUACCAAAAAAUCGUGUGAAUUUCAUGUUUCUUUUAUUAGGAUACUAUUAUUUUACUCUUACUACUUUUUUUUCGGUUUUAUUUUUUUUUUAAAUACACUUUUUCUUCCUUUUUUCAA